GCACCAACGUAUCCAGAUUAACAGAUAUUCGUCCACCAACGUCUAAACUCUAGACUCUGGAUCUCCAUAGAAGUAUGGCACAUCCAGAGAGUGCCCACUUCAACUUGUGCGCCAAUGAAAAUGCUUCCGAGCGUAUCAAGUGUGAAGAUGUGGAGCUUUUGAUAGCGCAGACCGAGGCCGAAGCAGUUCCAGGCGUCGACUUUGACACACUUUCGAGUAUUUCGGUGGAUGAGUGGGAUACUGGCAUUGGGAGAUACAAACACAGCAAAGACGAGAAGCUACGAGUGUACACUCGUCAACGAAACAACCCCAUCACGACUGAAGUUCUAGUGAAGGGAGAACUGCAAUGUAGCGUAGUGGAAGCUGCCGCGCUGUUGUGUUGUCCAGGAGAAGCGGAUUUUAAUACGACGAUGACAAGAAUCCACGGACGUUCGUUUGAGUGCGGUUCUGUUGUCCGCAGCUUCACGUCGGGUAAACCAGAGAAUCAGGAUGAAGAGUUGACACCGUAUCGAUGCGUGAAAACCGCAAGCUUUAAGCAUCCACGCUUAGCAGUACUGGAUCACGAUGAGCGGUGGUGUUUUCUAGAGGAGUUUGAGUCUGUAACACAAGAUCAAUUCACCCUGUCGCAGCGAUCACUUCGACCUGAUGAGUUGCUUCCAGAGCUGCGUCCUCCAGCUGAACUUGCGCGUGGCUUUGGAUUCUCGCGUUCCAACAAGUACACGUACCAGUUACAGGGUCUGGCACUAGGCUGCUCAAUUGAAGCGAUCAGUGAUCGCCAACCAGCUGCAGUUCGAAUUGUUUUCUAUGGUCGCUGCUCGGAAGAAGGCGAGACCUCAGAUGUCGUCCAGAGGCGAUUAAAACGCUUAGCGCGAAACAUGUUGACGCUCCCUGAUCUAGUACAUCGUCGUAAAAUAAGAACCAAAGCUCCAGAGUCACCGGCGACCGACAGAUUGUCAUUGAAGAGCCCGUCUCCUGCGUCGCAGUGCGUGGGGUGCGCUCGCAAGUUCCACAAGCUGCUGCCUAUCAAGAAGACCCGUUGCUAUUUGUGCGCUCAGUUCGUAUGUUGGCGUUGCUGGGCCCGACAACCUCUAGACACCAUAAACGGCAGGAAGAUCUCGGUCCUCGUGUGUCCUCACUGCUUGGACACCAUCCAGAACUGUAAUCACGCUCAUCUGGUAUUCUCCGAUCGUGGAAGUGGUAGCAGCGCAAGUACGUCGAGUCACGGUUCUGGUGGAGAAAUCUACCGCAGUACAAGGAUUCAGCCUGACGUUGACGAUGCACGCGAACCAGGCCAAGCCGUAGUAUCGUACCUUGCAGACAUUCUAGGCAACGAAGUCGAGGUGUUUGAAUCGGAAGCAAGUAUCAGCCCUACUAAGCCUAGCAAGGUCCACACUGCCGCGAACGUACUCGAAGAACUCAAUUCCGUUCUCGAUGAAGGCAUCAAUCGCGUGAUGGCUCAUUGUUUUUGGGAUUCUGACAUUAGUGGGGAUCUCAUAACUGACCUGACACCUAAUAUGCCAUCAGCACUAGUCAAGCUACAGUCUCAGUUCUCUAGAGAACUGCUACCCGUGGAGGCGUGUGCUCUCUCUAGCGCCGUGACUCCGAUUUACCCUCUCGGCACCUCAACGUCAACACCCAGGGGUCCAAUCCCUCCGAAUGAAAGCCAUCGACUGGAAGCUAUCACUCAGGAGCAGCUUCUCACAGCUAAGGGGUCCGACGAACUGGGUCUUAUCUGCGAGUUAGCGACGCAGGAACUAUCGUGCAUGGUCUCGUUGGUGAGCAUUGUCGGUAAAUCGCUGCUGCACGUCCUCGCCAGCAGCUCUCCGAUCUUCCAGAACGCCGACGUGCCGCGAGAAGAGACGCUUUGUCAGUAUCUGCUAAUGGGGGACAGGCCCAUGCUCCUCCAGCACCCCGAGAACGACGGGCGAUUCUGCAAGAUACGGCUUAUCAUCGACAAUAACAUCCAAUUCUACGCCGGCUUCCCCAUUUUCAGUCGCGACGGGCUAUCGGUGGUUGGGUCGCUGUGCUGCCUUGACGUUCGUCCGCGGGAGAUGACGCAGUCACAGUACUCGACACUAUUGCAUCUCACACGGACAGCAUCCAGCAUCAUCAACAAGAAGUGCCUCAAACGACCAACUCUCCAGAAACUACAGAAGUUGGCAUGA